UAGUUCUACUCGAUCGGAUGUGUCCGGCGAGUUCGUCGCGUGAAAUCGAAUUGAAAGUGUGCUUCCACAAUAUCUAGAGAGCUUACAAGGAGGGCUUGCGAGGGGGUUGGUUGUUUUGGUUUGGUAGAUGGUUAACACUUUUACCCCCUGACUGUAAAAUUCAACCAACGGCUAAGCUUUUUAAUGCGGUUUGCGGCGAGCGUUGAAUAAAUACACCGGCAAAUUAGUAUCCGUGAGGGUUUAUCUGCGUACGUGCCUGGCUCGGCUGGUGUAAAUCGCACCUUGCUGCUGUUAUUGUGCAUUGUCCACUAAGUGGGCUCAGGUGGAGAUCGAGUGAUGGUGUGUGUGAUUGCUGUAUUGUAGUGCGCAGUUUUUAUGCUGUCAAAAUUGAGUGCACAGUAGCAAUAAUUAGAAGUGAAUCGUCGACUGACGAGUAUAUUUCUUUCGGGAUGUGAAGUGAUAUCAUCGAUUGGAUGAUAAAAAUCCAAUAACGCAAUCAUUCCAAGCUUUUGUGGGAGUGCUGAAAGAAGGCAUAAUUAUUAAACUUAUCAUCUGGCGUCAGAAUUGAUCAAACAAAUGCAGAACUACCCUGAGAAGGCCGCCCUGGAGGCCAGGAGACCAGGAAUUCCAUGGACUCUUUGGCUCUCAUCCGGACUAGUCAUAUCAGUAAUCCUCAUCGGCUCAAUAAUGCUAAUGGUAACGCCCACGGAUUCUGCCAACGGACUGUAUCAGCCCCUAGUUCGAGCGAGGACCACUAUUCCGGCAGCCACUGGUGAGUCGGAAGAAACCUCAGACGAUGAGGAAGUUCAAAGGCGGAUAAUGGAAAUUUAUAGCCGCAAGGGAUACUCGAACCCGAAUCCGGAACCGGAAGAUGUUCCCGAUCAGGUGGCGGCCACCCAGCUAUCGGAACGUACAGGUAGACGAACAAGGCGCCCCCUGCAGAAGAUUGGCAAAGAUUUUGAUCCCAAUCAAUCGUACGUGAUCAAGCAUCCGAACGGAUCGAUGACUUACGUUUUCGCCAAAACUACCACGUCCACCGAAUUCGUUACAGCACCACCAACUAAACCAAACAAAGUUAAGCAGGAUAGUUCCGAGAAACUAAGGGAAAGCGUCGAGUACCGAACAUCGGCCGGUAUAGUUUUCCCGAGCGAGAGCUGCACCCCGGACAAUCCUAUUUGUACCGAUAAAUCAAACUAUCCGGAGGACCACAUCAACGCCAUCAUCGGGAAAAAUCCCCUCCGGUACGAAUCUUUUUUCGGCAAUGAUUUGGUGAUCAACGAUUCCGUGACAACCCGGUUCGACAAUGACGAUGAGUUCCUGUGCCAAGUGAGGGAACAGGUUUAUCAUCCGCCGCAUGGAUUCAACAAGGACAACGAGAAGAUCAUGAUUGUCAAUACCGAAGACUACAAGCAGGGCGUACGGAUAGAGAUGUGCGAAACCUCCAGUCAACCUUGUUCAGCACACGUGAUAGGCACCACCGAGUGUAAGCAAUUUUACCAUUUCCGGACCCUGCUGGCGGUGCAUCCGAAAACGAAGCAGCUGUACAAAGAAGCCUUCAAAAUGCCAUCAUGCUGCAAGUGUGUCAUAAAAUCUCAGCACCUGGAGAAACAUCUUAAGCCUUGAUUAAUGCUGAUUGCUCAAUUAAUCAAUCAAACAACAACGCGAAGUGAAACGAAUGGAACUAGUCUGCUCAGGAUCAUACAUUGGACCAAUAUGAUGUACAAAUUUCGUUGUCAGAAAUUUACCUUUCUAUUUUGCACACUACACCUAAACCUAAACCGAUAGGCCAUAAUGUGUUAAGCUUAAGUUUUUUUUUCAAAAUAAAGUAAGGAAUAAAUGUUACGUGAAGU